UUGUCCUGACUGUUUCUCUUGACUUUAGAAUUCCUCAGUUCCCUUCCAUAAGAGCAGAGGGUCACAUGAGCCCAGUGACUGCUGGGCCCACAGCCCUGGCCACCCUUCUCAGAAACCAGUGUGUCUCCUUCAGCCUUCUGCUGCAGGCUCUUUCUGUGACUUCCUUGUUACAUCACACUCACUGUUAAGUCACAAUUGGGCCGAAAGCAGAGCCUGGCCAAGCUGCCAGGUCCUCAGGGGCAGCCUGCCCGCUCAAUCCAGGUGGCCUCGCAUGGCUGCAGGUGCACAAUGAGGUACCCUCUGGCCCCGCUGGUGAACGACCUCACGCUCUCUUUCCUGGUGUUCUGGCUCUGCCUGCCCGUGAGUGUGCUGCUCCUCUUGAUGAUCGUCUGGUUACACUUCUUACUUAGUCAAGAUUCAAAGGAAGAUGAUUCAGAUUUAUGUUUCAACUGGGAGCCCUGGAGCAAAGGACCAGCUGAGUCUGGUUGUGAGGAGGAGACAUUCUGUGACAAUGAGGACAGCCUCCACUGGUGAGCCUGCUCUACCAGGUGUCAUCUGGGCCCAAGUGGAUGGAGGAAAGAGAACACUGGUGACCAAGGAGCCUUCCUGGGACCUCCAAUAGCCAGACCCAGCAAGCCUCUGGCCGAACCAUCUGUUCUCCAUCAACGCAGCUGACCUGGGGCCCCUCUGGGAAGAAUGGGGCCCAAGCAGCUUCCAGGGGACAGCUGGCCAGCUCAACUCACACGAGGUGCUGGGUACCUAUUAAAGAAAUGGGGGUUCUCCCGUGCCCUGGCAGAGCUUCUGGUGUCUCUUCAUUCACCCUGACUCCCUCUGGACUGUCUCGCCCUCAUGUCUGUUGAAAGGCAAGCACUCAACUUUCACAGCACACAGC